AUGUUUUCCACCCCGUCUUGCAACACAGGUUAGUUGUCAGUGCCCACCCCCCUACAACAUCCAAGGUUACUUGUUAACUGAGGAUGCUUUUACUGCCAGCAGUAAUCGUCUGAGAGAUUCAAGGAGCUAUCGUCGUUAAGUAACAUAGCAGAUUGAAUAUUUACCUUCAUGCACUUUGAAAUGAAUUGUGUAACUUUGUCCCAGAAGCAAUUAACUGCAGGGCACUCCCACAUGUGAAGGAAUGUGCCUACCUGAUUUAGGGGACACAGUGAACAGUUUGGGAGUGGGGCCAAUUUCAUCAUAAAAGUUUUCCUUGGUGUUAAAUACAGUCUGAACAAACUUAAUGUAUAAAUUGAUGGAUUAUGGGAUGCCAAGGUCAUAUUUUUCCAUACUCUGUUCCAGUUAAAGGGUUGUUCAGAUUCACUUAGAUCUGUGGACGAUACUUUUAAUGGCUAGCGCAGAAUAUGAGCUUUCUAAAAGUUGUUUCAGAAAGUAUUCAGACCCCUUCCCUUUUUCCACAUUUUGUUACGUUACAGCCUUAUUCUAAAAUUGAUUAAAUGAAAAUGUUUCCUCAUCAAGCUACACACAAUACCCCAUAAUGACAAAGCGAAAACAGGUGUUUUUUUUUAUGUUUGCAAAUGUAUUACACACAAAUAACAAACCUUAUUUACAUAAGUAUUCAGACCCUAUGCUAUGAGACUCAAUUGAGCUUGGGUGCAUCCUGUUUCCAUUGAUCAUCCUUGAGAUGUUAAAACAACUUGAUUAGAGUCCACCUGUGGUAAAUUCAAUUGAUUGGACAUGAUUUGGAAAGGCACACACCGGUCUAUAUAAGGUCCCACACUUGACAGUGCAUGUCAGAGCAAAAACCAAGGCAUGAAGUCGAAGGAAUUGUCCGUAGAGCUCCGAGACAGGAUUUUGUCAACGCACAGAUCUGGGAAAGGGUACAAAAAAUGUCUGCAGCAUUGAAGGUCCCCAAGAACACAGUGGCAUCCAUUAUUCUUAAAGGGAAGAAGUUUGAAACCACCAAGACUCUUCAUAGAAGUGGACGCCCGGCCAAACUGUGCAAUCGGGGGAGAAGGGACAGUGAGGUGACCAAGAACCCAAUGGUCACUCUGACAGAGCUCCAGAGUUCCUCUGUGGUGAUGGCAGAACCUUCCAGAAGGGCAACCAUCUCUGCAGCACUCCAUCAAUCAGGCCUUUAUGGUAGUGUGGCCAGACUGAAGCCACUCCUCAGUAAAAGGCACAUGACAGCCCGCUUGGAGUUUGCCAGAAGGCACCUAAAGGACUUUCAGACCAUGAGAAACAAGAUUCUCUGGUCUGAUGAAACCAAGAUUGAAGUCUUUGGCCUGAAUGCCAAACGUCACGUCUGGAGGAAACCAAUACCAUCCCUACUGUGAAGCAUGGUGGUGGCAGCAUCAUGCUGUGGGGAUGUUUUUCAGAGGCAGGGACUAGGAGACUAGUCAGGAUCGAGGGGAAAGAUUAACAUUUAUUUACAUUUAUUUCAUUUAGCAGACGCUCUUAUCCAGAGCGACUUACAAAUAGGUGCAUUCACCUUAUAGCCAGUGGGAUAACCACUUUACAAAUAUUUAUUUUAUUUGGGGGGGGGGGGGGUAGAAGGAUUACUUUAUCCUAUCCCAGGUAUUCCUUAAAGAGGUGGGGUUUCAAAUGUCUCCGGAAGGUGGUGAGUGACUCCGCUUUCCUGGCGUCGUGAGGGAGCUUGUUCCACCAUUGGGGUGCCAGAGCAGCGAACAGUUUUGACUGGGCUGAGCGGGAGCUAUGCUUCCGCAGAGGUAGGGAAGCCAGCAGGCCAGAGGUGGAUGAACGCAGUGCCCUCGUUUGGGUGUAGGGACUGAUCAGAGCCUGAAGGUACGGAGGUGACGUUCCCCUCAGUGCUCCGUAGGCAAGCACCAUGGUCUUGUAGCAGAUGCGAGCUUCAACUGGAAGCCAGUGGAGUGUGCGGAGGAGCGGGUGACGUGAGAGAACUUGGGAAGGUUGAACACCAGACAGGCUGCGGCAUUCUGGAUGAGUUGUAGGGGUUUAAUGGCACAGGCAGGGAGCCCAGCCAACAGCGAGUUGCAGUAAUCCAGACGGGAGAUGACAAGUGCCUGGAUUAGGACCUGUGCCGCUUCCUGUGUAAGGCAGGGUCGUACUCUCCGAAUGUUGUAGAGCAUGAACCUACAGGAUCGGGUCACUGCCUUGAUGUUAGCGGAGAACGACAGGGUGUUGUCCAGGGUCACGCCAAGGCUCUUCGCACUCUGGGAGGAGGACACAACGGAGUUGUCAACCGUGAUGGCGAGAUCAUGGAACGGGCAGUCCUUCCCCGGGAGGAAGAGCAGCUCCGUCUUGCCGAGGUUCAGCUUGAGGUGGUGAUCCGUCAUCCAUACUGAUGUCUGCCAGACAUGCAGAGAUGCGAUUAGCCACCUGGUUAUCAGAAGGGGGAAAGGAGAAGAUUAGUUGUGUGUCGUCAGCGUAGCAAUGAUAGGAGAGGCCAUGUGAGGAUAUGACAGAGCCAAGUGACUUGGUGUAUAGUGAGAAUAGGAGAGGGCCUAGAACUGAGCCCUGGGGGACACCAGUGGUGAGAGCACGCGGUGCGGAGACAGCUUCUCGCCACGCCACUUGGUAGGAGCGACCGGUCAGGUAGGACGCAAUCCAAGAGUGAGCCGCGCCGGAGAUGCCCAGCUCGGAGAGGGUGGAGAGGAGGAUCUGAUGGUUCACAGAAUCAAAGGCAGCCGACAGGUCUAGAAGGACAAGCGCAGAGGAGAGAGAGAGUUAGCUUUAGCAGUGCGGAGAGCCUCUGUGACACAGAAGAGCAGUCUCAGUUGAAUGACCAGUCUUGAAACCUGACUGGUUUGGAUCAAGAAGGUCAUUCUGAGAGAGAUAGCAAGAGAGUUGGCUAAAGACGGCACGCUCAAUAGUUUUGGAGAGAAAAGAAAGAAGGGAUACUGGUCUGUAGUUGACAUCAGAGGGAUCGAGUGUUGGUUUUUUGAGAAGGGGUGCAACUCUCGCUCUCUUGAAGACGGAAGGGACAUAGCCAGCGGUCAAGGAUGAGUUGAUCAGCGAGGUGAGGUAAGGGAGAAGGUCACCGGAGAUGGUCUGGAGAAGAGUGGAGGGGAUAGGGUCAAGCGGGCAGGUUGUUUGGCGGCCUGCCGUCACAAGUCGCAAGAUUUCAUCUGGAGAGAGAGGGGAGAAAGAAGUCAAAGCAUAGGGUAGGGCAGUGUGAGCAGGACCAGCAGUGUCAUUUGACUUAACAAACGAGGAUCGGAUGUCGUCAACCUUCUUUUCAAAAUGGUUGACGAAGUCAUCCACAGAGAAGGAGGGGGGGGGGGGGGAUUCAGCAGGGAGGAGAAUGUGGCAAAGAGCUUCCUAGGGUUAGAGGCGGAUGCUUGGAAUUUAGUGGUAGAAAGUGGCCUUAGCAGCAGCAGAAACAGAUGAAGAAAAUGUAGAGAGGAGGGAGUGAAAAGAUGCCAGGUCUGCAGGGAGUCUAGUUUUCUUCCAUUUCCGCUCAGAUGCCCGGAGCUCUGUUCUGUGAGCUCGCAAUGAGUCAUCAAGCCACGGAGCAGGAGGGGAGGACCGAGCCGGCCGGGAGGAUAGGGGACAUAGAGUCAAAGGAUGCAGAAAGGGAGGAGAGGAGGGUUGAGGAGGCAGAAUCAGGAGAUUGGAGGGAGAAGGAUUGAGCAGAGGGAAGAGAUGAUAGGAUGGAAGAGGAGAGAGUAGCGAGAGAGAGAGCGAAGGUUGCGACGGCGCAUUACCAUCUGUGUAGGGGCAGAGUGAGUAGUGUUGGAGGAGAGGGAGAGAGAAAAGGAUACAAAGUAGUGGUCGGAGACUUGGAGGGGAGUUGCAGUGAGAUUAGUAGAAGAACAGCAUCUAGUAAAGAUGAGGUCAAGCGUAUUGCCUGCCUUGUGAGUAGGGGGGGACGGUGAGAGGGUGAGGUCAAAAGAGGAGAGGAGGUGGGGAAAGGAGGCAGAGAGAAAUGAGGUCAAAUUUAGACGGUAGUGGAGGUUGAAAUCCCCAGAACUGUGAGGGGUGAGCCAUCCGCAGGAAAGGAACUUAUCAAGGCGUCCAAGCUCAUUGAUGAACCUCCCAAGGGAAACCUGGAGGGCGAUAGAUAUGACAAGUGAAUAUUAAGCUUAAAUGGGCCUAGUGACUGUGACAGCCAAUGGAAUUCAAAGAGGAGAUAGACAGAUGGGUCAUGGGGAAAAAAUUGAGAAUGUUCGCACGUGGGAGAGAUGAGGAUUCCUGUGCCACCACCCCCCGCAGGACCAGAUGCUCUUCGGGGUAGCGAACCACAUGGUCCAUACGAGGAGAGAGCAGCCAGGAGUAGCAGUGCCCUCGUUUGGGUGUAGGGACUGAUCAGAGCCCGAAGGUACGGAGGUGACGUUCCCCUCACAGCUCCGUAGGCAAGCACCAUGGUCUUGUAGCAGAUGCGAGCUUCAACUGGAAGCCAGUGGAGUGUGCGGAGGAGCGGGUGACGUGAGAGAACUUGGGAAGGUUGAACACCAGACGGGCUGCGGCAUUCUGGAUGAGUUGUAGGGGUUUAAUGGCACAGGCAGGGAGCCCAGCCAACAGCGAGUUGCAGUAAUCCAGACGGGAGAUGACAAGUGCCUGGAUUAGGACCUGUGCUGCUUCCUGUGUAAGGCAGGGUCGUACUCUCCGAAUGUUGUAGAGCAUGAACCUACAGGAUCGGGUCACCGCCUUGAUGUUAGCGGAGAAUGACAGGGUGUUGUCCAGGGUCACGCCAAGGCUCUUCGCACUCUGGGAGGAGGACACAACGGAGUUGUCAACCGUGAUGGCGAGAUCAUGGAACGGGCAGUCCUUCCCCGGGAGGAAGAGCAGCUCCGUCUUGCCGAGGUUCAGCUUGAGGUGGUGAUCCGUCAUCCAUACUGAUGUCUGCCAGACAUGCAGAGAUGCGAUUAGCCACCUGGUUAUCAGAAGGGGGAAAGGAGAAGAUUAGUUGUGUGUCGUCAGCGUAGCAAUGAUAGGAGAGGCCAUGUGAGGAUAUGACAGAGCCAAGUGACUUGGUGUAUAGCGAGAAUAGGAGAGGGCCUAGAACUGAGCCCUGGGGGACACCAGUGGUGAGAGCACGCGGUGCGGAGACAGCUUCUCGCCACGCCACUUGGUAGGAGCGACCGGUCAGGUAGGACACAAUCCAAGAGUGAGCCGCGCCGGAGAUGCCCAGCUCGGAGAGGGUGGAGAGGAGGAUCUGAUGGUUCACAGAAUCAAAGGCAGCCGACAGGUCUAGAAGGACAAGAGCAGAGGAGAGAGAGUUAGCUUUAGCAGUGCGGAGAGCCUCUGUGACACAGAGAAGAGCAGUCUCAGUUGAAUGACCAGUCUUGAAACCUGACUGGUUUGGAUCAAGAAGGUAAUUCUGAGAGAGAUAGCAAGAGAGUUGGCUAAAGACGGCACGCUCAAUAGUUUUGGAGAGAAAAGAAAGAAGGGAUACUGGUCUGUAGUUGUUGACAUCAGAGGGAUCGAGUGUUGGUUUUUUGAGAAGGGGUGCAACUCUCGCUCUCUUGAAGACGGAAGGGACAUAGCCAGCGGUCAAGGAUGAGUUGAUCAGCGAGGUGAGGUAAGGGAGAAGGUCACCGGAGAUGGUCUGGAGAAGAGUGGAGGGGAUAGGGUCAAGCGGGCAGGUUGUUGGGCGGCCUGCCGUCACAAGUCUCAAGAUUUUAUCUGGAGAGAGAGGGGAGAAAGAAGUCAAAGCAUAGGGUAGGGCAGUGUGAGCAGGACCAGCAGUGUCAUUUGACUUAACAAACGAGGAUCGGAUGUCGUCAACCUUCUUUUCAAAAUGGUUGAUGAAGUCAUCCACAGAGAGGGAGGGAGGGGGGGGGGGAUUCAGCAGGGAGGAGAAUGUGGCAAAGAGCUUCCUAGGGUUAGAGGCGGAUGCUUGGAAUUUAGAGUGGUAGAAAGUGGCCUUAGCAGCAGAAACAGAUGAAGAAAUGUAGAGAGGAGGGAGUGAAAAGAUGCCAGGUCUGCAGGGAGUCUAGUUUUCUUCCAUUUCCGCUCAGAUGCCCGGAGCUCUGUUCUGUGAGCUCGCAAUGAGUCAUCAAGCCACGGAGCAGGAGGGGAGGACCGAGCCGGCCGGGAGGAUAGGGGACAUAGAGUCAAAGGAUGCAGAAAGGGAGGAGAGGAGGGUUGAGGAGGCAGAAUCAGGAGAUUGGAGGGAGAAGGAUUGAGCAGAGGGAAGAGAUGAUAGGAUGGAAGAGGAGAGAGUAGCGGGAGAGAGAGUGAGCGAAGGUUGCGACGGCGCAUUACCAUCUGUGUAGGGGCAGAGUGAGUAGUGUUGGAGGAGAGGGAGAGAGAAAAUGAUACAAAGUAGUGGUCGGAGACUUGGAGGGGAGUUGCAGUGAGAUUAGUAGAAGUACAGCAUCUAGUAAAGAUGAGGUCAAGCGUAUUGCCUGCCUUGUGAGUAGGGGGGGACGGUGAGAGGGUGAGGUCAAAAGAGGAGAGGAGUGGAAAGAAGGAGGCAGAGAGAAAUUAGUCAAAUGUAGACGUAGGGGAGGUUGAAAUCCCCCAGAACUGUGAGGGGUGAGCCAUCCUCAGGAAAGGAACUUAUCAAGGCGUCAAGCUCAUUGAUGAAGACCAAGAAGGCAGAAUCACUUUCCUUAAAUGUAUCCAUAAUUGAAAGAUGUACUUUAUUAAUGUGUAUGCUCCAAAUUAAUUGGAUCCUAUGUUUUUUUUUUUUUGAUUCUCUGAACAGCAUAUUGUCUGAAUUCCAAAUGGUUAUUGAGAAAGUCAUGAACCCCGUUCUGGACAUGCGGGACAAAUCUAAUAAGACCGACUACAAUCCUGCAGGGUCACAUUAAUCAUAGCCUGGUGUCCUGGUCCCAGAUCUGUUUGUCCUGCCUUGCCAAUGCAUGAGAAUUACCAGAGGAGUUGGCAAACAGUACAAACCGAUCUGUGACCAGGCUACGUUACUCGCCCUAAGUUUGCCUGGUGAAACUCAAGGUCACUUUGCUGACUUGAAUGACUGAUAGUAUUUGAAAAAUUAUGUUGUAAUGACGUCUGACCUUUUUGACAUUUCAUAUUGGGAUGUGAUAGGGUACUUAAAUCUGGGACAAUUCUAAUAUUUUUUUCCCCCCUCCCACUAAUUGGUCUUUUUGACUAAUCACAUCAGAUCUUUUUCAGAGCUGAUCUGAUUGGUCAAAAGACCAAUUUAGUGAAUAAGAUAUCAAAAUUGGGCUGCCUGACUAAAUGCAGCCAUGGUUUUGUAUAAUAUUGGUUUUAACAAAAGCUUUACCAUCCAUAACUAUCCUUGUAAUUUCUAGGAUUGUAUAAGGGUUAAAUGGUCAAGCCCAUAGGAAAGAAGAGCAUUCACAGUUCACACAGUGGCACUCACUCAUAACAUGCCUGCUCUCUCUCCUCUCUCAGAUGCCUGCGUUCUCACCCUGGACCCCAACACAGCCUACCGCCAGCUGUACCUAUCUAGAGGCAACAAGAAGGCAGCCCUGAAGAGAGAACCCCAGGACUAUGCUGACAGUGCCUCCAGGUUUGACUGCCUGCCCCAGGUCCUCUGCAAAGAGCCCCUGUCUGGAGGUGCCUAUUACUGGGAGGUGGAGUGGAGUGGAGAGGGGGCCUCCGUGGGCGUCACCUACAAGGGCAUCAAGAGGGUAGGCUACGGGGACAGCUGCCGCAUCGGCUACAACCGCAAGUCCUGGAGCCUCUUCUGCUCUGAUUCCAGCUAUUCCGCCCGGUAUAGUAAAGACCAGGUGGAAAUCAACGCACCCUACUCCUCCAGGAUAGGGGUCUUCCUGGACCACUCAGCAGGCACCCUCUCGUUCUACACUGUGGGGGACACCAUGUCUCUUAUACACCGCUUCAAGGCCUCCUUCGCUGAGCCUGUCUACCCAGGCUUUUGGGUCUGGUAUGAGUCAGCGGUCACCAUCCGUCAGCUGUCAUAA